AUGGUUGCGGUCCAGUUGGUACAUUCAGCUGUCCUGGUGUCCCUGCUAAUAGCAUUUCCGGCUUCCGUCACGUCUUCUGAAAACACGAAUGAAAUACCAACGUUCACUCUUACCUCCCCUGGAGAAUCUCUCUCAGGAGACCAAGGCUUAGGCAAACGCACCAUAUCAUUCAGUUCUUGCACGGGCGUCUAUGACCGGGAACUUCUCGGAAGGCUCGACCGGGUGUGCGAAGACUGCUACAACCUUUACCGCGACGUCGGAGUGGCAGCCGAAUGCAGGAGUAACUGUUUCCACAACGAGGUGUUCCUCUACUGCGUGGACUACAUGUUCCGGCCUCGUCAGAGGAACCAGUACCGGGCCGCCCUCCAGAGGCUCGGCAAGUAG